AUGGAUUACCUUUCCUCUAGUGAUAGUGAUGAUGAUGAUGAAAUCAUAAAGUAUUUUGUGUCCAGAAAAAUAAGAAUAAUACCAAAAAUUAAAAGCUAUAUUUCGGACAUAGUUCAUGUUUAUACAGAUAAGCAAUUUAAAGGUAGUUUUAGGGUGGAAAGAUCUACUGCAUACAAUAUUGUAGAAAAGUUUGAAAAUUCCAUUUUCUUUCCAAGAAAAAAUUUGAAUGAAUCUUCUGUCACGUCAGAAAACCAUAUACUUUCCUUUUUAUGGGUUUCUGCAAAUAAAUGUUGCCUACGUGAUGUGUCAGAACGAUUUGGUGUUGGAUUGACCACACAAUUUCGUAUCAACAACAGAGUUAUGGACUUCCUUGUCGAUAUUUCAGCGACUAUUAUAAAUUUAAACGAAGGAACUGAUAAUUUAUCUCAAGAAUUUCAAAAAGUUUCUGGACUUCCUGGUGUAAUCGGGUGCAUCGACGAGUCUUCAAUACCUAUAAGAACUCCUGCUCACAAACUUAAAAGUACAUAUACCAACAGGCAUGACAUGCCAUCUAUUACCCUGCAAACUAUAUGUGAUCACAAAAAAAAAAGUAUUUAUGUAUUCACUGGUGCACCGGGGAAAAUCCAUAAUUCAAGAGUAUUUGCUUUGACAGACAUUAGUUAA